UUAGGCUUACAGUUACACGCUCUUCCAACUCCGCUGUUUACCUCAGUUCAGUUCCCAGCCGCCGCCGCCCGCCACACUUUUCCCCCCGGUAUCGAUCCCGCCGCCGUCGCUCAGUGAAACAACGCUGGAAUUAAAUAUGUGGGUAGGAGAGGGAUUGAAGGUUGAAGAGAUUCAUGGGAAAGGAAGGGGUUUGGUUUCAUCUCAGCCAUUGAAAGGUGGUCAAGUUGUGCUCAAAGAUUCCCCGAUUCUCCUCUACUCUACUCGCCCGUUGAAUCCGCAGCAGCAAGUCCAUUCAACCUCCGCUCUCUACUGUGACAAUUGCUUCAGAAGGAUACAGCCAGCUUCAGCUGCAAUACCUUGCCCUUCAUGCUCUCACAACAACAAUCACCAUUUCUGCAGCACUAACUGCCUCUCAGUUGCAGCUGCCUCCUCUCACUCUCCUUGGGUAUGCCAAUCCCUCGCUCGCUUAAGUAAUUACCCUGAUCUUACUGUUCAUCAGCCUCUGGAGCGCCAGGUUCAAGCUCGGUAUCUCGUGGCUGCCUACAAUCUAGCUAUAGUGAACCCUUCCCAGUUCCAAAUUCUGAUGUCUCUCCAAUCCACCCACAGUGGUGAUGAAGUUGCAUCAGCGAAAGCUGCCGUUUUCCUGCACUCCCUUAUAUCCACGCUUUGCCCGCCUCCUACCACAGCGCAAGGGUUUGCCUUUACGUUGGAACUGACAUCCUUUCUUCUGGCGCGGGACAGGCUCAAUGCUUUCGGUUUGAUGGAGAACAUUCGUGGGGAGAGGUCGGUCAGGGCUUAUGGUAUCUACCCGAGAGCUUCUCUGUUCAAUCACGAUUGCCUCCCGAAUGCUUGUAGAUUUGAUUAUGUGGACUCGGAGUCUGGUUCUAAUACCGACAUCAUCAUUCGGAUGAUUCACGAUGUCCCUCAGGGCAGAGAGAUCUGCCUUAGUUAUUUUCCAGUCAAUGAGAGCUACUCAUGUCGGCAGAAGAGACUGCUUGAGGAUUAUGGAUUCGCCUGUGAUUGUGACCGAUGUAAAGUUGAAGCGAAUUGGUCUGAUUCGGAUCAAGAGGAAAACGACGGGGGAGAGACUGACCAGGUGGAGGAGAUGGAUGAGGACCAAGAUGAGGAUAUGGAGGCAGGGGAAGAAGAUCUUCAUUCGGGUGAUGAUGAAGCCCGAGAAGACUUUCCUCAUGCUUACUUCUUCUUGAGGUACAUGUGUAAUGUGGAGAAUUGCUGGGGGACAAUGGCUCCUUUGCCUCCAUCAGAUGGUAACUCAUCUAAUUUGCUGGAGUGUAAUGUGUGUGGUAAUCUGAAAAAUGAAGAGCUUCUUGGUGCUGAAUGCUGAUACUAUGGAUAGAGGAAGGCAAUGAAUUGUAGUCUGUUCAACUACUACGAUGCACAAGAAGAUUGUUUUGAGUUAUCUGGCAAAAUACCAGUACUUUGUUCGCCAUUUUUGAGGGGCAGGGGAUGAACCCUGCAGCAGCAAUGGAGGAACAGAGCUUGUACGCGGCGGCAAAGAAAAGACAAGAUUCUGCCCUGGUAUUAUAUUUCCAGUCUUGCUUGCCAGCAGUAUCAUGAGGAUUUUCAUGUUCAAAUGUAAUUCGUGAAUGCCUUGCAUAUUCUCUUGUAAUUCCUAGGUUUCGCCUUAAUCGAGUAACGAGGUCAUAUUGCAAAGUUCCUUUCUUUGAUAUUACUAGCAUUUGUUUUAUGAAUGUGUUUGGCAAUCAAAAUUCAUUGUUCUGUCAUCUGUGCCACAAAUGCCAAGAUGAUCCAUGUCCAUCGUCUUUCUUGGUCCCGUGGCAUAAAUCAGAAUGUGUUGCUUUUUGAGUAUCUAUGCGAGAUAAGUCAAAUAUUAAUUGGG